CUGAGUGCACAGGACGGAGAGGUGAAGACAGGUGCAGCUUCAAGAUGAAUCGACUUGUGGUUAUCUUUGUGACUAUCCUUGUCCCCACUGGAUACAGUGCUGCAGAAGUUUUGUGGUGUUACCAUGAUCCUAGUUGUAAUGACACUACUUGGCCCACCAUUGCCAGUGAACAUUGCAACGGAUCCCGUCAGUCUCCCAUCAACAUCAUCUCCGCGUCGGCAGUGGGCGACGCAAACCUGGCUGAAUUCAACUUCACCAAAUACGGAGACAACUCUACAAUGAAGAAUAUCAAGAACACUGGCGAAACUGUCAAAGUGACGCUCACGAGGGGUGUCCAGGUUACAGGUGGGGCACUGUCUGAGGCCUAUGACAGCCUGCAGUUUCACCUCCACUGGGGGAAUGGUACCUCAGUACCUGGGUCAGAGCACACAGUGGAUGGAACCCGCUACCCCAUGGAGUUGCACAUAGUAAAUGCCAAGUCUUCGCUCAAUGGUAACACGACUGCAGCCGUUGCAGACAGCACAGGACUCGCUGCUCUUGGCUUCUUCAUAGAGGCCAUGCCGGGUAAUGCAACAGGUUCACCAGCAGCCUGGAAUACCCUGACAUCCUACUUGGCCAACAUCACACUAAAAGAUGAUAUUGUAAACAUUACUCAUGCUAUUUCAUUGGAUGAGCUCCUGGAAGGGGUGGACCGUACCAAAUACUACCGUUACCUUGGCUCCCUGACCACUCCAAAUUGCAACGAGGCUGUGGUUUGGACCGUGUUCAAGGACCCUAUCAAAGUCAGUCAGGACUUGAUUGAUCUCUUCAGUACAACAGUGCACAUUGACCACAACUCCACCUCUGCCUUGAUGACUAAUGUCUUCAGGAACAUCCAGCCUGUCAAUGGCAGGAUGGUGACGACCCAGAGCAGUCCAAACACAGCCCCGCCAGUGUCAGGAGCCUCCACAAAGUGCUCCUCUCUGGGCCUUAUGGCCCUGGCCUGGAUGCUGCUGAGGGUUUAGUGUCGGCAGGUAAUGCCUCACCUGAAGCGCACUUCCAUGUCUCCAUUAACCCUAAAGCUAAAUACUGUACAUUGAUUACCACAUGGGUCAUUUUGACCUCAUGGAGAAACUAUUGGAAAAAACAACAAUCAUAGCAAAAUAUAAACUUAUUUCGUAUCAAAACAUCAUUAUUUAGACAUGUAAUUAAUAUUAUCUAAACAAAUAAAUGUAAAGACCAAAACAGAAGUACAGUCAAUUUGCAGACACUAACAAACUAAUAUACAGUGCCUUCGGAAAGUGUUCAGAAAUCCUUGACCUGUUCCUCAUUUUGUUACAUUACAGCCUUAUUCUAAAAUUGAUUACAUUGUUUUUU